AUGCAGGAUGCGGUCGAAGACCUCGAGAAUUUGGAGCCACCGGCGUACGCAUUCGUCGAUUACAAAAUCACCAACGCCUCUUCCUCCGCACCACCACCACUACCGCCAGCGCGACCGGCUUACCCAUCUAAAGCCUUCUGCCCUAAUUCCGCCACCACAAGAAAUCCAGGUGGGCAUCUCUCAGCCUCCGCCCUCGAGGACGGCACUUCAUCCCCACCCUCAUCAACAAACCCACCAUCCUACCUAAACCCUAACCCCACAAACCCCGCCCUAACAGCCUUCCUCAUCACCCGCACCCGCACCCACCGACCUCAUCCCCGGCCCCCUCCCCACCAACCCAGAUCCUCCCAACUGGGUCAAUACCUCGUCGCGGUCAUCAUCUUCGUCCUCCUUUUCGGCGCGAUGAUAGGCCUUUUCGCUCGUCGGCAUGAAUCUAGGAGUUUUGUCUGUGGAAACGAUGGGGAUGCGGGGCCGGGAUGUUGGGUUAGGAUGAUGGGGGCGAGGAAGGGUGGUUUUGUUCAUAGUAGUGGGGAGGGUGAAGCUGGGAGGAGUCCUUGGGUUUGUCGGUUCGGCAAGGCCGGGUGGACCUGCGAGACGCCGAAGAGUGUUGCGAAGGAGAUGGGUGUUUAUGUUCGGAAGUGUCGGAGGGGCGAUGAUAAGGACGAGUGUUUCUGGCCGAGUGCGGGGGGGAUGCCGGAGCCGGAGAUUCGAGGAUUGUAG